CUGUGGAAUAUUGUAAAAACACUACGAAAAAAGCCAAACAACUUUGAAUAGGCUAUCAGUAAGUUCCUGUACUAUAUACAGGGAGAAACUGUAUAAGAUCUAACCAGACAUUUCAUGUAAUUUUACUGUAAAAUACUAUUAAUGUUACUGUUAGCGUGUAGUAAUUCUCUAAUGAUUGAAGACAUACUGUGAUGUAGAAGGGUUUAUACAGUAACUGAUGGAUUUAUCUCUAGCACUGCUGCUGCUGAUUAUCAGAAGUAAUGCAGCCAUCUACAAAUCACAAGGACACCGGUACUGUUCUCCUCUGGUGAACACAAGCUACUGCACAAAUUCCUCCAGUUACCUGGACUGUCAUGAACUCCCUUGCAAAGCCUAUUCCUGCAUCUCUCAGAGUCCCGGAUGCUCCUGCAUGAUCGGAUCCUACAACUGCAGCAGCAACUGCAACUAUGAAGCUCCUCCAAAUUUCUGUAGUUGCAAUGCAGAGACUUGCCUCUGCCUGAAUGAUAUGAUGAAUACUUCAAACAGUGCAAGUGGGAAUCUCACUGCAAAAGACAUUAUGAAUUUUCUUGACCAGAUCGCAAAAAUGGCAGGUCUGAUGUCUACUGAAGCGGCAGAAAACUUUUUGAAGAUUGUUGAUGCCACCCAGGUAAAGGUUUCAGAGUUGGUCAGCGCUGAAGAUAAAAGUAACUUGGUGUCAUAUGGAAACACAUAUCUGAAGGUCUCUGAGAGCCUGGUGUCUGCACUGGUGACGCCAACAGAAACUGAAAACUGGCUGAAUAUUAGUCUCACCAAUACAGAGGGUCGAAUCUUCAUGGUUGGACCUCGGGUCACCUUAGAUAAAAUCCCUCGACUCGACACGACAAAUUCUUCUGUGGACAUCGAUCUCAUUGGGAUCGCCAGGAACAACGCUGAAAGAUCAGCUGCUGUGGCUUUCAUGAGCUACAACAUGAUGGAGAAUCUACUGAAGCCAGACUUCUUCAACAAAUCCAAUGACACGAUUAAAACCAUGAUGUCCACUGUGAUCUCAGCUACUCUUCCCAAAACCACCAACACUACACUAACUAAACCAGUCAACUUCACCCUCAAACACAUCAGAGAGUUUGAUCCCAGCGGAUCUCUGUUCUGUGUGUACUGGAAUAUCAGCGAGUGGAUUGUAGAUGGUUGUUCUGUUUUAAAGUCCAACAGCAGCCACACUGUGUGUUCCUGUGAACAUCUGUCCACAUUCGCUCUCAUCAUGCAAACCAGCAGCCGUCAGUCAGAGAGCGACUCUCGGCUGGAGCUGUUGAAUUUGGUGUGUGUGAUCGUGGGGCUGGUGUUCUUCACUUUGUCCCUGUUGACCUUUGCCCUUUGUCAGUGGAGUCCUGGAGUGAAUAAUGUGGCUCGAAUCAACAUCUGCAUCAGUCUUCUGUUGGCUCACCUUCUGUUUCUGCUCACACAGAGGUUCCUGAGCCUCAUACGUCCUCUGAAGGUGCUGUGUGCCGUGAUCUCAGGACUUUUGCACUUCCUCUUUCUCUCUGGCUUUGUGUGGAUGUUCAUUGAAGCUGUGCUGCUCUUCAUCUGUGUGAAGAGCCUAUCACAGAUCAGCUCCAAAAAGAGGGAGGUGCUUAGCAGUGGAUUCCUGUGUGUGAUUGGAUAUCUGGUUGCUCUGGUUGUGGUGUGUGUGUCUGUCGGUCUGGUUCCUGAAGGCUACGGCAGCAAAGAUUGCUGGCUUAAACAUGAUAAAGGUUUUAUCUGGAGUUUUCUAGGUCCUAUUUGUGUCAUACUAGGAUUAAACACAGUUCUCUUCAUCAUGAUCGUCAUCACUCUGAACUCAACUCUCAAAAAACUGAAUGCUGAAGUUUCACAGAUGAAACAAACCAAGAUCAUGGUGUUUAAAACACUGGCUCAGUUUGUGGUUCUUGGUUGCCCCUGGAUUCUGGGUUUCUUCACUAAUGGCAGUAACGUGCUGGAGAUCCUCUUCCUGAUCUUGAACUCCCAGCAAGGAACCUUCAUCUUCCUGAUCUACUGUGUCCUCAAUAAUGAGGUCAGGCAGCAGUACAGGAAGUUCUUCAGAUGUCUUUGCUGUGGACACAAACAACACUGAUGACUACAGAAUCAGGUUUAGAUAUUGCUGAAGUGCCAUUAUUAUGCAUUUGAUGUAAUUCUUACAGUAAAAUGUACAGUUUAGUAAUCUGGGUUUUGACCAGGUCAGGACUACUUCUGUAAAUCCUUAACAUUUUUUAAGGAUGUAUAAAUCUUAAUGAAUUACCCCAGAUACCUGUCUUGAUAUUACAGUUUUAAACACUUAUAUGUUGUACAUCAAUACUUAUUUUUAAAAACACAAGAUUGUCUUGGUGGUGGGAGUCAAGCAUAUUUUGACAGCAUCCAUAAAAUGUUCUGAUAAAUGCCGGCAAAUUAAAAUGCCCUCCUGAAAACUAUUUCGUGUGUACAUGGAGAACGGAAAAAAACAUGACUUUACACUUUACAGUUUAAGUACAAUUUUUUUUUAAAUUUUAACUAUAUAAAGUCUUGUGUCAAAUAGUUAAAAGCCUACAUUUAUUGAUCUUGAACACUUAAUUUUGUUUGUGGUCAGAAUAUAUAUAUAUUUUCUUUGUUAGCCUACUUUUGUAUAUAUUCAUAUGGCUAAAUAUAUUUUCAGAAUGGAGUGUCACAGCUUUUAUAGUUGUAGUGGAUUUACCUUCAUAAAUCUAUUAAAGUAAAGGAACAGCUGAUGUGUCAAAUUUUAAAGUGAAUCUGUAUUGUCAUAUAACUUGUAGUUUAGUA